AGUGCUGCUAAUCAGUGCCACCUAUCAGUGCCAGUCAGUGCCGCCUAUCAGUGCCAUCAGUGCCGCAUAUCAGUGCCAGUCAGUGCCGCCUAUCAGUGCCAUAUAUGAGUGAUGCCUUUCAGUGCCCAUCAGUGAUGCCUGUCAAUGCCCAUCAGUGCGAUCUACCAGUGCCUCCUCGUCAGUGCCCAUCAGUGCCACCUAUCAGUGUCCAUCAGUGCAGGCUAUCAGUGCCCAUCACUGCAGCCUCAUUAGCGCACAUCAGUGAAGGAGAAAAAUCACUUAUUUACAACAUUUUAUAA